AUGUCCAAUUCAUAAAAGUAUAGUAAUUGUGCUAAAAGAUCAUUUGGCUAAGUUUUAUUAGGAAAGAACUAACAAAAUUCUUCAAAUAUGAAAUUAUCUACUAAAACUGAUAAACUUAAUUUAAUACAAACAAGAAUAGAAAUUCUAAAAUGCAAGAAGAAUGAAUAAAAAUUUCAGUAUCAAAAGAAAUACUUCAUUAAAAUUUGAGGACGAUAAAUAGAUUAAUUAACAUUCAUAAAUUUUGGGAAGUUAUUGGAAUUUAUUAUUUAGGUGGG